CUGGGGCUUCAGUGACUUCCUCGUUGCGAGCCCGGGCCGGGCAGCGUUCGGAGUUGCCGCCCCGCUGUCCCUGCUGGGCCCGCUAGCCCGAGUCUAGUCGCAGCCCCGACCCGGCCCGACGGUUCCCCUGUGAUCACAGGUCCUUCCCCGCACGCCCCGCGCUCCCUGACAUGCCCAAUCCCAGCUGCGCCGCCUUUCCCAACCCCCUCCCUGAGGAAAUUAGGAACCUGUUGGCAGAUGUUGAAACAUUUGUCGCAGACAUACUGAAGGGGGAGAAUUUAUCUAAGAAAGCAAAGGAAAAGAGAGAAUCCCUUAUUAAGAAGAUAAAAGAUGUAAAGUCUAUCUAUUCUCAGGAAUUUCAAGACAAAGGUGAUGCAGAAGAUGGUGAAGAAUAUGAGGAUCCUUCUGCUGGGCCUCCAGACACUAUUUCAUUAGCCUCAGAAAGAUAUGAUAAAGAUGAUGAAGCCGCCUCUGAUGGAAACCAGUUUCCUCCAAUUGCAGCACAGGACCUUCCUUUUGUUUUAAAGGCAGGCUACCUUGAAAAACGCAGAAAAGAUCACAGCUUUCUGGGAUUUGAAUGGCAGAAACGGUGGUGUGCGCUCAGUAAAACAGUAUUCUAUUAUUAUGGAAGUGACAAAGACAAACAACAGAAGGGAGAAUUUGCAAUAGAUGGCUACAGUGUCAGAAUGAAUAACACUCUUAGGAAGGAUGCAAAGAAAGAUUGCUGUUUUGAAAUCUCUGCUCCUGAUAAACGUAUCUAUCAGUUUACAGCAGCUUCUCCCAAAGAUGCUGAGGAAUGGGUACAACAUCUGAAAUUUAUAUUACAAGAUAUGGGAUCGGACAUUAUUCCUGUGGAUGAAGAUGAAAAAGGAGAAUUAUAUGAUGAUGUUGUUCCUUUACCAGGCAGUGUUUCAUCAGCAAGCUAUCACCCAAUUGAAGAAAUUUACGAAGAACUUCCAGAAGAGGAAGAGGACAGCACUCCCAUGAAAGCUGGGGAACAAAGGAAGACGAGCCUGGACAGUGCCCGCCCCACCUCAGGGGACAAAAGCACUGAUUAUGCUAAUUUUUACCAGGGUUUGUGGGACUGCACAGGGUCUCUCGCUGAUGAAUUAUCAUUUAAGCGUGGUGAUGUGAUUUACAUUCUUAGCAAGGAAUACAAUAGAUAUGGCUGGUGGGUAGGAGAAAUGAAGGGAGCCAUUGGCUUGGUGCCGAAAGCCUACAUAAUGGAGAUGUAUGAUAUUUGAGAGUCCUGGCAGGAAAAAAUCAACAUUUCAACUGAAGAAAAAAUUAAAAUGCAACUUUUCCUUUCUGCCUGCAUAAAAGGAGGAUUCUUCUGCUAGGCUGCAGACGCUUUGGAUUUAAAAUCAUCAUGAACGCACUAGCAACAGCUCAUCGCCUUUGUUUUGUUGAAUAUUGUUCAUCUUUCACUGUUAUCGUACGCUUUCAUUAUAAUACUCCUCUGAUGUGAAAUUCAAUGAAAGAUAUUAAUGUAAAUUAGAUGCAAGCAGCAAAGUUAAACCUGUUGCUAUUUUGAGAAGUAAUAAUUGUAUUUUUUAUUUACUCAUUUGGUUUGUGUGAGGAAGUCAGCGCUAUUUUAUAAGUACCUCAGAGUCACAGCUACCUCCAGUAUGAGUUGUAAUUUCUUUUAAUAUUGGACAUUAAUUAUUUUUAAGAUGUAAUAGAUAAUUUCAUAGAAAUUUAAUUGAAAAUAUCAUACAAGUUUUUGGUAGAUGCUACCUAAAGGACAGAGCUUUAUUAAAACUUUGUAGAUGACUUAUCUUACUAUUUAUUUUUCAUAUAAUAAUAAUAAUAUGUCUUCAUGGAGGAAUUUUUUCUGAUUAACAAUUUGUUUUGUGUUAUUCAGAACCACAAGAAAGAAAAAACUAAAUAAAUCUUCUUUCUUUCCCGUGGCUCUGCGUGACAGAACAGUGUGCUUGCUGCAGCACGUGUGCGAGCCAGACAGAGUUUGUGCAAAAGCCCUCAUCAACAACAUAUCUGAUGACGGGCUUGCCAACAUUUUCUACUGUAGUUUUGUUUAAAUUUAAUAAAAUUAAAAACUCAUAAGAAAUUCCAUCUGCCACGAAUAUAAUGGCAUUAAAAAAAUCUCAAUAUGUUCUCAGACUAAGCCAGCACUCUCUGGUCCUUCCUGGCCUUUGCUUUGCUUUGAUGGUCCCACCCCAGAAGAGGAAAACUCCAGAUCUGAAUCCCUACACUUCUUAGAGCAGUGAAAAGACAGGGACGGCAGCUCAGAGAGGAGAGUAUAGAAAUCCCAGUGGGACAUGGACAAGAGUUGAGAGGGAGGGUAGAUUAAUCUGACAUUGGAGAUGUAUGCUGUGCUGCCUGAGCAAGAUUUGCAGAAUUUUAGCAUUAUCUUUUCAGGUAUAUUUGAAGUGAAAGGUAUUUUAAAUGCCUGUGAGGUACCAAUGUGGCCUUAAUAUAUAUCAAAGUGCCCUGCUGAUUGGAUAAUUAUUCGGAGUGGAUAUAAUCUCUUAAUAUUGAAUCAUUGACUAGGAGGAUCUACCUUUGUUGAAUUUUCUGAUCUCUUCUUUAUAAAGAUAAAGAUUCUUACUGUGCAGAUAAGCUAUCGUAUUACUUAUAUAAAACUUUUACAAGUGGUAUUUUGGAGUGUGUAUUUUCCCAUUACCCCCCAGUCCUAUGGCCAUCUGAUUUCAGGUGUGAAAGAAUAUUAACUUUAGUGAUUGUGGGUAAACUUCAGUGUAGAUAAAUUAAACAUUGUCAAGGUAAAGGUACCAGAAAAUAAUUUGUGUGCUCGUUAGCCUCUUCCUAAUGUAGAGCCAUUGCAGUAGUUUUGACAUCAUCUUGACAAAAAAUGAGACAACCAGAGAAGAAUUUAGCAGACUGGUUUUCAAAGCCUGAGAGGUUGGAAAGCAAAAAGAGUUGUGAUUUCCUCUGAAAAAUAUAGACUUGCUAGUGGAUGCAGGUUUCCUGAUUCUGACUUAAGUGAAGAUUCUAGUCCUGGGCCAGUAGAUGGCAGCAGCUUUUCAUUACAUAUCCUACCACGUAAGCCCCCAUCCCCCACUCAGAUACAAACUCCCAGGGAAUGUAAAACAUUCAGAAGAUUUCUGCCUCCUUUUACAGUUAAUCCAGGAGAGGGAGUCCUUUGCCAACUGAUGACCAACACUUCCAAGCCAGAUAGUCUCUCUGUGACUGGUGACAAUACAGAAAUAAAGUGUUACUUUUGUCCAGAGCUCUUCUGGUCUUUGUUCUUUUUUAACUUGAAUGUAAGUGGGAUUUAUGAAAGGAAAGAUAUAAAAAUUGGAGUGACAGGGAAAAAAUAAUUUCUUUCAAUUUGUAACAACUUUGCAUAUUUCAUUCAUUUGGAAAAAUCAUUUUGCAUACUUCCAGGGAGAAACUUUUCUUUACACCCUUGACAAUAUCUCACACACUCUUCAAGUUCAUAAUAAUAUCAUUAAUGUGAAUUUAAACAACAUGCCUUGUUAGAAAAUAUGCUAAUUGUUAUAUUCUCAUUAUGUUUGCUUAGCUUUUAUUUGUUUUUCUAUGAACAGUUAGAGAGCUAAUUUUUUUCAAAGGUGAUUGUAAGUCAUAUUUUAUAUAGCGUUUUGCUUGAUUAUUUGCUCUGUACUGAAUUUGUACUCUAUUGCCAUUAGAUCUUACAAUAAUGUUCCACUCUGCAAAUUUUUAAGGUUCAAAUAAAGUUUAAUUGUUUGCAAACUGUUAUGAUGCUAAUAAUUCAACAGCCUGCUGUGUUACUAAUGAAAUUACUUUGUUAUGAUUAAUUUGGAAAAUAGUGUGUUGAUUGUAGUAAUUAAGCACAACAAGGUGAAGUAAAUGAUUCUAAUGCCAUCUGGCCUCCAAACUGAAUGAAGAAAUGAAAUAGGGCUGUCAUCAGAAUUUAUUCAAAGAAGUAAGGAUAAUACAAAUGACUUUCAUUGCUAUAGGGUUUACACUUCACCACUGCUCACUCCAUUCUGCUUUUGCCACUUUGUUACACAUCACACUUUCUUUGUGUCACAUUAAAGAAUG